CAUGAUGGCUCCAUGCCUGCCAGCAGAGGUUUUCUCUUGGGGAGCCCUCAUUGGCCUUGAUGGUGUUCUCGGUGGAGUCCAUUUGCAGUUUGCAGAAGGGUAACAGUGUCUGCCUGGGCCUGUUGGGUAUGUGACUAGCCCCCCGAGAGGGCAGAGCUAGACAGGCUGUGCCGCUGCCUCGGGGUUUUGAUGCAGGUGCUGAGCAGCUAUGGCCCGUUGAGGUCUGGAGGCGAGACACAGAGGGUCUGAUGGGAUACGCAGCAGCACCUUGUUUACCCUACCCGAGUCGCGGUGGAGGCAUCCCGGGACUGUAAGGUAUCUUGUGACACUCUGCAGCCGUGCUGUGGCUGCCGCUGUCCGUGCCCUUCCGUCCCUGCCCGCUUCCCGGGGCUCGCCCUCUGCCCCUCCUUCAAUAAAGCGCGGGCCGGGCCUCUCGUCGCCGCCUCUGUUGCGCCGCUAUUGGCUGGAGCGGUACUGCCUCGGCCAAUCACAGAGGGGGUCCCCGGAAGUGUCCUCGCGUGUCGGGCUGAGCGUGAUGGCGGCGCCGCUGCGCGGACGGCUGCGGGCGCUGGCGCUGGGAGGCUGCGGGCUGCUCCUGGGAUCGGCGCUGGCGGCAGGGGACGAGCGGCUGUACGCGGCGGUGAUGCCCGCGCUCCGGGCGCUGCCUCCCGAGGCCGCCCAUGGCCUGGCUCUGCGCGCCGCCGCCCUCGGGCUGCUGCCCUCCACCCGUCCCGACAGCCCCGCGCUGGAGGUGCGAGUCUUCGGGCAGCGAUUCCGCAACCCACUGGGCCUGGCUGCUGGCUUCGACAAGCAGUGUGAGGCUGUGGACGGGCUGUACAAGAUGGGCUUUGGCUUUGUGGAAGUGGGGACUGUCACGCCCAAGCCCCAGGAAGGGAACCCGAAGCCCAGGGUCUUCCGGCUGGCAGAGGACGAGGCAGUCAUCAACAGGUAUGGAUUCAACAGCCAUGGUCACGUCGUGGUGGAGCGCAGGCUGCGAGCCCGCCAGGAGACACAGAUCAGGCUCACUGCUGCUGGGAUGCCUCUUGGAGUCAACCUGGGCAAGAACAAGAGCUCUACUGAUGCUGCAGCUGACUAUGUGGCUGGGGUCCGGACACUGGGCCCUUUGGCUGACUACCUCGUUGUGAACGUGUCCAGCCCCAACACCCCAGGGCUGCGGGACCUGCAGGGCAAGGCUGAGCUGCGGGACCUGCUGAGCAAGGUGCUGGUGGAGAGGGACCUGCUGCCCUGCAAGCAGAAGCCAGCCCUGCUGGUGAAGAUUGCCCCUGACCUCACCGCACAGGACAAGCAGGACAUCGCCAGUGUUGUCUGUGAGCUCGGUGUGGAUGGGCUGAUAGUGAGCAACACCACGGUGAGCCGGCCCAGCGGCCUCCGGAGCCGGCAGCGCGCGGAGCCCGGCGGCCUCAGUGGGAAGCCCCUGCGGGAGCUCUCCACGCAGACCAUCAGGGACAUGUACGCUCUCACUCAAGGCCGGGUGCCCAUCAUUGGCGUGGGGGGGGUGAGCAGCGGGCAGGACGCCCUGGAGAAGAUCCGUGCCGGAGCCUCGCUCGUGCAGCUCUACACGGCGCUUGUCUUCCACGGGCCACCAGUGGUGGGGACAGUCAAGCGCGAACUGGAGGAGCUGCUCAGGGAGCAGGGCUUCAAGAGCGUCAUGGAGGCAGUUGGAGCAGAUCACCGCUGCUGACAGGCUGCAGGAUGAAGGUCUAGCUGGGAGGAGCUGUGGCAGACAGGGAUGGGUGUGACAAUGCCAGUGCUGGGCAGACUGGGACUGAGAUGAGGUCCUGGUUCCAGGACCUUCGUGACACUGCUGCUUUUUCAGGGCUGUGUUUUGGCUUCCCUGUGGACAGCAGAACUGAGUGUCAAUAAACAUUUGG